GUGAUAUUUGUGUUUACUUAAAGCACAUCUAAUGAAAUUAAGACUAUUGCAGAACUCACUGUUAUCCUGACGUAGCUGUGUAGUGAGAGUUUUGGAUUGUGAAGUGGUUGAUUUUAAAUAAUAAAGUUACCUUUCAUCUCUAUUUCUGCUCCCUCAGAAUAUGUGGAGGGGACCCUAAUUUCAGCAUCCUGGAAGUAGAAAGCACAGAAGAUCUGUGUCUCACACCACAGACAGGUGCAGUGUGUAGCCGGGGCAGCACAGAGGGAGGAAGCUCUGGGGAGGAGGCGGCGCGGCGGCGUGCCACUCCGGCUGUGGAUGUGCUGGGUGGCAACCCCCAGGCUGCACAGAAUGUGGCUGGGGAGUCACCUCGGCAUGCCCCGCAGCCGGUCGCAGCUGCCCCACGCCCAGUCCCUCCGUUCACCAGUAUGUCCAUUGUGCCAUUGCCAGAGAGCAACGACUCAGCAUUCCUCGGCAUGGAGAACGUCCCUCAGACCAAUCAGCCAAUCGGCGGUGACUUUAAGGACAGCGUCGCAGCAGAAGUCCACGCUGAGGAGAGCGCUGCCGAAGUUGUCAGAGUUUCGAGAUCCUUGCCAACAUCCCUCAGUGACAAAUGUAGUUCCUCCGCUGAGAUACAGGGGCUUCCAACUCCCCUUUGCCCCCCUCUCACCCCAGAUAAACAGCUUAACAGCACAGUGCAAGAGCUGCAAUAUGUGUCACAAACUAAUAAAGAGAAAAGCCCCUCAAUAUGUCAGACAGACCAGAUUCAGCCACCUAGAGAAGGUGCUGGACCUGUGGAUAUUACGGGGACAAAGGAGAAACAGUUCGCAUUAUUGGAAUAUAAACCAGAGACUGGGAAAAACAUGGAACUUGGUGGAAAAGAGCACACAGGCGGAAAUAUUCUCCUCCAGCCCAAAUCUCAAAUCACUUUCACAGCCUCCUCUCCAUCUGUCCCACAAUCAAGUGUUGGUUUUAAAGCCCAAGACCUCACACUACAUGGGGCUACGAAGCCGUCUGACAGGGACCCACUUGUCUGCCCAAAGCAAGGCAGCCAAAAACCUCCCCCAGGUGCUACGGAGCAGACCGGUGGUCUCCAGGACUCAAAAUUGUCUGAGCUCCCUUUCCCCUCAUCUGGCAACAGUGAGAUUAAACAAACUGACCUGUCAAAAACACAACCAGAGAUCUCAACUGAUGCCAGAGAAAUACAGAAGGCAAAUUCUUUGGAAUCAGUUGAGAUGUUCGAGCAUGUUAAAGAGCUCGUUGACACCUCUCACAAAGAAAGACGACCUCCCUCAGCUGACAUACUUGAGAUCCCAAAAGCAAGAGAAUCGCUUCCUGGGUUAUCCCCUUCUCUUGAAAAAGGAAGAGCCGUGUCCAGCAGCACAGCUGCCAGAGAAGAACGCAACGUCGAGAAGUGCUGCGAUCCAAUCGUAGGAGAGCAGGUCGAGACUAGCAUGAGGGAAGAACAAACUGACACGACCACCCCCCCAUCAGACUUCACAAUGCUGCCGGAGUGCUCUUACACACAGAAGAGUCUCUCCAAACCCUCUGCAGCAACCGCUCCGUUUGACACAGGCGUGGUGGUCUCGCUGCAGGCGGGGCAGGUUGUCGAAGCAGAAACCUCCCAUCCCUCUGACCAAGUCCCCACAACAGAGAUGCCUCUGGCUGCCGAGAUUGUGCACUCGGCCGAAGGUCAAGAAAUUGUCGUUGUCAGAGAGGAGGCUCACAUCAGCGGGGACUGGUCCAGCAUGCACCUGAAUCAGAGUUACCUCCUACAACGAGAAGACGGCAGUGUCUGCGAAGCUGCUAUUGUCAACGAGCUGAGUUCUGAACUCUCUACUGGGGAACCAAAGCUGUAUGAAGACAGUGUUCAGGCAGGUGUUGAGUUAGAUACACAACCCGUGGAAGUGUAUGAGUUUUGCACCCUGGUUGAGGAGGUUGCUGAGGAAACGGUCUGUGCCAGUAGUAGUGCACAGGGGCCUCACUCUCCAGGAUAUGAGAUGAACUUAUUCAACGCGUUACUAGAACACUCUGAGGAGUACACUGUUAAAGAGGACAUUGAAUCGUCUAUUCACACAAUGAAUGAAAGUGGCACUGUCAUCAUUUCCCAGCAGCCCUUGCCUUCAUUGAAUGAUGCAAUUCAACUGCAGCCUUGCUCUAACAGUAAUUCCCAUAAUUUGUCCAUGCUAAACACGAGGGUAGCUGCUGUCGAGCAACACUUGGUAUUAAAUGCUAACCAAGCUGUUGAAGUGGCUAACUCCAGUGAGGUUUGUUUGGUUGAAGUCGCUGCUGUUACAUCUGAGUCAUUCGCUGUUGAACAGAUGGACACCAGUCCACAAAUCGGGACAACUUACUCGCAGGUCAAUGCAGCAAUCGUGGCCCAAACGGACGUGAGUGACUCUCCUAUAAUUCCCUUGACUCCCCAAAAACAGGAAGCAGAAGCCACAGCUGGCGCACCGUCUUUCACAUCCCCGGUGGUUACUGGUGAGGACACAGGGAUGGAAUCAUCCGUUGCCGUUUCAGUACACGUUCAGCCCGCAACAAAUCAGACUGUUGUUAGUGCCACAAAGCCAGAGGGCAAUAUUUCUUCACAUGAAGGGACCAAAGACACCCCUGCUCUGACUGAGACUCCUUCACGGAGAAUCCAGAAUGUUGCUAUGCCCACAGAAACCAAACCAGAGGCUGUCUGCACCACUCACUCCGGUAUUAUAAAUCCAAAGCUGCUCCUUCUUAAACAGGGAGAAACUCCUCUCCUGAAACCCCCACCCUCCUUUUUGGCAAAGGUGUCCAAGCAACAGAAUGCGUCCAGCCAGCUGGCCAAUGCCCACAGCUCAUGGUCUGGCACAGUGUCUGAGGAGUGCCUUGCCCAAACUGUCCCGAACUCUUUAUGUCCUUCUGUGGCUCUCAGCGGCCAGAAAGAUCAGACGCAGUGCUCUGUCGAUAAAACUUCUGUGUCAGCGGCCACUCCUGUCAAGGUACAGCAGUCCACCAUGAGCAGUAACUCACUUCAACUUGACCAGAAUGCAUUUCUCACCCCCACAUCCUCAACAAGUAAAUCUGACAAAGAGGCCUUAAAUGUUACUGAAACAUCAAGUGAAGUAGGUUCUGCGUCCCAAGAUGUUGUCGCCCUUACAGAUCCUUCUGCACCCUACGCCCUUUACAUGCUCUCAGCAUCAGUGGAAAGGGAAGGUGCGGUCAUGGCAUCCACCAGUCUUAAUGAACCCGUCAGCCAACCGGACUCCCUCUAUAUGGAAGAAGAGAGUGAGGACAUGGAGCAGGACGAACCAACGGGAGACACUGAGGCUCUGGAUGCCACUUCAGGCCAGAUCAGCAGUCCAGAGGAAGACAGUGAUGAAGAACCAGACGCAGACAAAGAAAGCGAGAUGAGCACCCUCAGCUCUCCAGACAAGCAUGGACAGAGCAGGACAGACAGACAGACACUGUUCCUUAAGGUACGCCAGUGGAUAGCAGACAGGGUCACCGGGAAUUCAUCUCCUGUCUCACCCUCCACCUCAUCUUACCCUGGUCCCUCCCCCACCAAUGAUUGGUCCACCCCACGCCGGGACAAGUCCCUACUCCUCCGGGGUCCACAUGGGAAGUUUGUUUCUCCAUCCUCCGGGUGUGGCUACAGUCUCUCCACUUCCCCACCAGAUCAUGCCCCCCCUCAGCGACCCCGUGGUCAAGCAGACAUGGCAGAGCUGGCUAAACAUGAAGCGGACAUCGAGCAUCGGACUCAGUCACUGAAACGAGAGGGCUUCUGGUCAAUGAAGCGUCUCACCCGCCUGACGGAGCCGCCGCGGCCGAAGGUUCACUGGGACUACCUGUGUGAGGAGAUGCAGUGGCUCUCUGCUGACUUUGCUCAAGAGCGGCGCUGGAAGAGAGGCGUGGCUAGAAAGGUGGUGCGAAUGGUGAUGCGACACCACGAGGAGCUCAGGCAAAAAGAAGAGAAGGCCAAGAGAGAUGAGCACGCUAAAAUCCGAAGAGUUGCAUCUUCUAUCGCAAAGGAGGUCCGGGCUUUCUGGAGCAGUGUGGAGAAGGUGGUGCAGUACAAACAGCAGUCCAGACUGGAGGAAAAGAGGAAGAAGGCUUUGGACCUUCAGCUGGACUUCAUUGUUGGCCAGACUGAGAAAUACUCAGACCUCCUCAGCAAGUCACUUGCACACACCAGACUUGCUGAACCUGAACCUGUCCCCCAGACUCCCAAAAAAUCUGUGCCACCUGCUGUUGAUGAGGAUGACAGAGACUUUGAGCCUCCUUGUGAGGAGGAGGAUGACGAGGAGACCAUAGAGGUGGAGGAGCAGCAGGAGGGCAAUGACGCGGAGAGCCAUCAGAGGGAGAUUGAACUGCUGAAGGAGGAGGGCAUGCUGCCCCUGGACCAACUACUCAGCACCCUCAAACGGCCUCCACAGGAGUCGGGCUCAGAUGAAGAAUGCUCGGAUGAAAGCUCUUCAUCAGUAGAAGAGGAAGAUGGUGAAUUUACUGCCAAUGAAGAGGAUGCUGAGGAUGAGGAGGACACCAUAGCUGCCCAGGAGAAGGUUGAGGGAAACGUGGACCAUGCAGAGGAGCUGGAUGACUUGGCCAAAGAAGGCGAUAUGAGUGUUGAGGAGCUUCUCGAGAAGUACAAAGGAGCAUAUGCCUCCGACUUUGAGGCCCCGUCUGCAUCUGGCUCUAAAGAAAGCUCUGAUUCGGAGCUGUCUGGGGAUGAGGAAGAGGAGACUGAAGAAGAUGAGAGUGAUGUGGAAAGCAACACUUCCUCCUCAGAAUCACCAGGAGACAGCGGUGAAGACGAUGACAGCGAGAAGGACGAAGAGGAGAGCGAGGAAGAAGAUGACUGUGGAGAUGAAGGGAUGGAGGUCCUGCUAAAGGAGGGGGACAACAGCCCACCUCCCUCCAGCUCACGGCCGAAGAAAGAGAUCAGUCACAUCGCUGCUACUGCAGAGAGCUUGCAGCCUAAAGGCUACACUUUGGCUACUACAAAGGUCAAGACUCCCAUUCCGUUCCUGCUUGAUGGCACGUUACGAGAAUACCAGCACAUUGGACUCGACUGGCUGGUCACCAUGUUCGAGAAAAAGCUCAAUGGCAUUCUGGCUGAUGAGAUGGGCCUGGGCAAGACCAUCCAGACUAUCGCUCUGCUGGCUCACCUCGCCUGUGAAAAAGGUAACUGGGGCCCUCACCUCAUCAUCGUUCCCACCAGUGUGAUGUUGAACUGGGAGAUGGAGCUGAAACGCUGGUGUCCUGGGUUUAAAAUCCUCACUUACUUUGGCAGCCAAAAGGAGAGAAAGCUAAAGAGACAGGGCUGGACGAAGCCUAAUGCUUUCCACGUGUGCAUCACUUCGUACAAGUUGGUGCUGCAGGAUCACCAAGCGUUCCGGCGUAAGUCUUGGCGAUACCUGAUUCUAGACGAGGCACAAAAUAUCAAGAACUUCAAGUCCCAACGCUGGCAGAGCUUGCUGAACUUCAACAGCCACCGGCGACUGCUGCUGACGGGAACCCCUCUCCAGAACAGCCUGAUGGAGCUGUGGUCCCUGAUGCACUUCCUGAUGCCCCACGUCUUCCAGUCCCACCGCGAGUUCAAAGAGUGGUUCUCCAACCCGCUGACAGGAAUGAUCGAGGGCAGUCAGGAGUACAACGAGGGCCUGGUCAAGAGGCUCCACAAGGUGCUGAGGCCGUUCCUGCUUCGGAGGAUCAAGAUCGACGUGGAGAAGCAGAUGCCCAAGAAAUACGAACACGUGGUGCGCUGUCGCCUCUCCAAGAGACAGCGGUUUCUCUACGAUGACUUCAUGGCCCAGGCCUCGACACGGGAGACGCUGGCCAGCGGUCACUUCAUGUCUGUGAUAAACAUCCUCAUGCAGCUCCGCAAAGUGUGCAACCACCCCAACCUGUUCGACCCCCGCCCCAUCCAGUCUCCCUUCAUCACGAAGCCCAUUGUUUUCCAUACAGCCUCUUUAGUGCAGGAUGCCCUGGAGGUCUCCCCUUUAAAGCGCUGCGAUCUUUCUAUGUUCGACCUUGUGGGUUUGGAGAGCCGCGUGUCCCGGUACCAGGCAGACGUUUUCCUGCCGCGACACAAGGUCAGCCGCCAACUAAUCCAGGAGAUCAUGGACUCACCUGAACCCCCUCCCAGACCCAGACCAGUCCGCAUGAAGGUCAACAGGACGUUCCAGCCACCUCCCAAAAGUGAUACUCGAGCAGUCCUUCUGGUGAACAAGCCUACCUGCUCGGUCCCCCCUGCAGCACAGACCCCCAAACCUCCUCCAGUUACUGAAGUCCCCUCAACUCCUGCUCCUGUAGUUCAACAAGUGGUGUGUUCAGUGUCGACCACGGCCGCUCUUCGCCCGUCCAUGCACCUUUCGUCCCAAACUGCAGUGAGAGCCAGCGCCCCAAAGCCAGUGCUGACCGUACGGCCUCCCGCUGCCCCAUGCACAGCCGGCAUCCCGGCUCAUCCCAGUCCAAACCCCGGCAGCGUCCUGCCCCAGAGGGUUCUGCUCAGUCCAGAUAUGCAGGCGAGGUUGCCCUCUGGUGAGGUAGUGAGCAUAGCCCAGCUUGCCUCUCUGGCAGGGCGACCUGUGUCCUCCUGUCAGGGCAGUAAACCCGUCACCUUCCAGCUUCAGGGCAACAAGCUGACUCUGUCUGGAGCCCAGAUCCACCAAGUCCCAGCAGCUUCUCCACGCCCAGUUCACGGUAAUGUGAUGCACCUGGUGUCCAGCGGGGUGCAGCACCACCUCAUCAGCCAGCCGGCCCAGGUGGCGGUCCAGAGCGCAGCCAGCACACAUCCUGCAAACACCUCUACUGCUCCACCUACCAAUCGGCUGCCGCUCAAUGCCGUAGCACAAGUGCCCCCCGCCAUAGUGAGCAGCCCCGGCGUUGUGAAGAUCGUUGUGCGUCAGACAGCAGGCAAGGAUGGCGGGCCUGUGCCCACCCUGGCAGUGGCCCCUUCCCCUCGUGUUGCUCCUCAUACUUCCCUUUUCCCGCACCCCCACGCCAACACAACCUCUGUCAGAAACACUGCCCCGCUGCAGAUUGUUCAGCGCACCCCUGGUCCCGCUACGGCCCACUACACCAUAGCUCCUCCCGGGAUCCCUAGCUCAGCCCAAAACCAGCCCCACCCACCUCGCCCCGUCCUCAAAGUAGUGCAGCCUCCUUCAUCAAGCACAGAGCAGCCAGCUCCAGUUCAGCUGGCCUCCACGUCCUCUGCGUCAAAGGCUUCUUCGUCAGCACCACGUGAACGGAGCAGUCAACCACCAGUUACCACAAAGACUAGGCCCAGUACAAGUGCAAAGGCUCUCCCUCCACCCAGGAGAGUCCCCCGUCCACCACCUCGUUCUCCGUUCCACAUGCAAUGGUUGGCAGACUGCCAUAAACAGCAGCGCGACAGCCGGCUGGACUUCAUCAUUCGAGUCAACGAGAACCACUGCACGGCAAAGCCCAUGUACGGCCGGGAGGUUUUGAACUUUCUGACUAUUCUCCCUGGUCCCCGUCCCUCGCCAGCCGCCCUGAGCCCUGAGGGGGAGUGGGGCCGCUCGGGCCACAGCAGCUGUCUGUUCGCACAGUGGCAAAACAAAUACGACUUCUGGUUUCAGAGUCAUGCUGUGAGAGAGGCCAUCCACAGCAUUGAUGACAGGCUGGAGCUGCUCAAUGAUAUUAUAGACAGGUUUACAUUUGCGAUUCCCCCUGUGGAGGCUCCUCAGAUCUCCAUGCACUGCUGCCAUCCUCCUCCCUCUGUAAGCCAUAAGCAGGCGGUCUUCUCCAACCUGCUGUCAACUCAAGUCACUCCGCUUACUCGCAGUCUCCAUCGUAUCCAGUGUUACAUGCGGACCCAGUUUCCAGACCUGAGGCUCAUACAGUAUGAUUGUGGUAAGCUGCAGACUCUCCACACUUUGCUGCGAAAGCUGAAGACAGGAGGUCACAGAGUGUUGAUCUUCACCCAGAUGACGCGAAUGUUAGAUGUGCUGGAGCAGUUCCUUAACUACCACGGACACAUCUACCUCCGUCUGGAUGGCAGCACCCGUGUGGAGCAGAGACAGGCUCUAAUGGAGCGCUUCAACGCAGACCGGCGUAUUUUCUGCUUCAUUUUAUCAACUCGCAGCGGAGGUGUAGGGGUGAACCUGACUGGGGCCGACACAGUAGUGUUCUACGACAGUGACUGGAACCCCACCAUGGAUGCUCAGGCACAGGACCGCUGCCACCGAAUCGGCCAGACCAGAGACGUCCACAUCUACAGGCUGAUCAGUGAGCGAACAGUGGAGGAGAACAUUUUAAAGAAAGCCAAUCAGAAGAGGAUGCUGGGAGAUAUGGCUAUUGAAGGAGGGAACUUUACCACUGCCUUCUUCAAACAGCAAACCAUCCGAGAGCUGUUUGAUAUGAACGAAGGGGAGAGGAGGGAUGUGGCAGUGGAGCUAUCGGUGCCCCAACCCGAGGAGGAAGAGGCUGUCAACAAGCAGAGCACCACCAUUCUGGAGCAGGCCCUGUGUCGUGCCGAGGAUGAGGAGGACAUAGUCGCAGCCUCACAGGCCAAAGCAGAGCAGGUGGCUGAACUGGCGGAGUUCAACGAGAACAUACCGCUGGACGACGGAGGGGAGCAAGAGGAAGUGGAGGAGCUCUCGAAGGCCGAGCAGGAAAUCGCUGCUCUGGUGGAGCAGCUCACUCCCAUUGAACGCUACGCCAUGAACUUCCUGGAAGCCUCAUUAGAAGAUGUCUGCAAGGAGGAGUUGAAGCAGGCUGAGGAGCAAGUGGAGGCCGCCAGGAAGGGCCUGGACCAGGCCAAGGAAGAGGGCCUGAAGCUCCACGCUUCAUCGGAUGACGAGGACGAUGACUUUUUGUCGCCGCCAGCGUCUGCGGAGCCUGCUCAGCCAGCCCGCCGAGGCCGUAAACCCAAGGACAAGGACAAGAUUGUCACCUCUACAAGGACUAGUGGCCGGCUGCGUGGGGCUUCUCCCGAAACCGAGUCUGAGCCCACGUCCCCGAGAGAAGUGCCUGAAAGACUCCGUUGUGGUCUGAGAGGACGAGGAUCUGCCAAAGACGCCACGUCUACCACCCCGUUCCGCACAGACCAUCACAAAACCUCUUCAUCGACCAGGCUUCAGGAUUCCUCCAAAUCUUCGAAAGCCUCAUCUCCUGCCAGAGAUCACCAGACUAUCAAAACUAGGACUCUGCCAAACCGCUCCCUUCCAAGUUCAGUGUCUUGCCCUCUUACCACCUCUCCCCCUGGUGGGAAACAACAGUGUGCCGGGGAGAGUGACGGCAAGACCUCCAAAUCCUGCAGGGAGGAGAAAGACGGGGAGAAUGAGAGGAGGCUGUCUGAGUCUUCGCUAGAAUCCAGCUGCCCAUUGGAUCAACAGGCGAAAGAUGAGGACACCAAAGACAACAGCGACAUGUCUCCCCCCUCCACCAGCUCCCGGUCGCCUCGCAAGCGCCAGUCAGCAGACGGCGAAGUCCUUCGGGGCCUGGUUGAGGACUCUCCAUCAGCCAAAGUCCUGCGGAAGCUUCCAGGGAGGCUGGUCACGGUGGUGGAGGAGAAGGAGCCAAGAAGGAGGAGGCGGAGAGGAAGCGGCACUGGAGGUGGAGCUUCUUCAGAGGAGGCAACCGUGGAGGAGAACACUGCCGGAUUGGUCGACGAACCAAACAAAGACAACACCUCACCGUUGGGCCCUGACUGUAAAACUAAAGGAGCCAUUACCAAAUCACCUCAGGACCAAGACUCUACACCGAGUCCGUCUGUGCACCCACCGCCUGUCAGAAGUUAUCCUCCAUAUUCCCCAUCCCAUCUUUCUCCUGACAUGCCUGUGCUGAGAAAUCUUCCUGUACGGCGCAGGUUGGAAACUGAAUCUCGCAUGGCCGCCCAGCUCGUAGAGCAACAGCAGCAACUGGGUCGAGGAAGAGGAGGGAACCAGUCCAGAAAAACUGACAUACCACCUGGCAAAGACUCUUCCUCUACAGAGUCCAGUGUGAAUUCUCUCAUGACACCUUUGAAAAGAAAGAGGGGCCGGCCCCCUAAGACUCCUCCUAGGUUACCUGAGUCUGACAACGCAGUGGCCACCUCCCCACAGCCUUCCAUGCCAGUUGAGGAGGGGAACCCCCCUCUCUCCCCAAAACGUAAGAGGGGUCGUCCUCGCAAAGACUCCACAACCACGCCAGAAGCUGUCAGUGAAGGACAGAACUCUAAAAAUGAGUCCACUACUACUGGUGUAUCCGGUAAAUCAGAAACGGACGCCAGCACAAAGUCGACUGUCUUGUCUCCCCACAAGUCGGAGACCCCUAUAGCUGCUGUUGUCACUACAAGUCAGGCCUCACAGUCUAUCAAAAAUGAGGAAACAGACACUAAGACUGAGAAUUCAGCUCCUGCUCCAAAUCCAGAAGGAGCCCCCACAACAACAACAAAAGAUAAAGCUUCUACACCAACAGUGACAGCACCUGCACCCCUUUCUGUGGGUGCCUCCACAUCAGCCUUGACCCUAUUUGUUAGUUCAGCUACAGCGUCAACGCAGGUGUCCUCUGCAUCCUCUGUCACACUUUCUAUGAGGGCAAUUAGCCCCGUCGCUGCUCCCCCCACUCCUACAACUCCAGUGCCACCUGCCAGCGCUGUCACACCAACUCCCGCAGACAUAAAACCAACACUUGUGGUUUUCACUGCUCCUAAAGCUCCAGAAGAGCUGAACCCUUUAGGUUAUACAACAGACUCUGCCGAAACCACCACAGUUUCCACACCAGCUGCUACCACUCCAUCAACGAUGUUGUCUUCUGUCAUGGCUGUCGGCGCCGUACCAACAUCAGUACCUGCCACCACGAUUACAGAAGCUGCAAACAAAAUAUCAAAAACAGUCAGCGUGACACCAGCAGUUACUACAGUAAAGUCGCUCACAACUAAAACUAUGUCUUUUAAGGACUUGCCGCAAGCUUCUGCUCUUUCAUCGCCAUCUACCCCAGCUGCUGUAUCCUGUGCUCCAACUUCUCUAUCUUCUGCUCCAACUGCCACCCUGAAGGUUUCUGCUACAACUUCUACCCCAGCUACAGUAUCAUCAGCCCCAGCUGCUGUAUCCUCUGCUCCAACUUCUCUAUCUUCUGCUCCAACUACAACCCAGAAGGUUUCUGCUACAACCUCUACCCCAGCUAAAGUAUCAUCUGCCCCAGCUGCUGUAUCCUCUGCUCCAACUUUUCUGGUUUCUGGUAUAACAUCUAUCCCAGUUUCUGUAUCAACUGCCCCAUGUACUGAAUCCUCUGCCCCAGCUACAUUACCAUCCGCCCCAGGUUCUGUAACCUCUGCUCCAGCUGCUCUAUCCUUGGCUGCAGCUGCCUCCACGAAGGCUUCAGCUACAGCCACUAGCCCAGCUUCAAUUUCACCACAACCAACCUCAAACAAACCUUCCCACACUACAGCAACAACUAUGACAACAACAGUAAAAGCAGCCCAAGUUAGUCCAUCAAUCUCAACAACUCCAAGCACAGUCCCCCCUGCAAGCCCAACGAUGUCUCCUUCUAGCACACCAUCAGUAACAACGGCCUCCUCAUCGACUGCAAACACAGUUCCGGUUUCUUCAGCUCAAGCAAAGACUAAUGUGACAACUACUAAAGUCCCUACCAAACCUAUCUCAACCUCACCACCACCAGCAGCUCAAGUGGCUACACAGGCACAGGAAACUUUUCCAGUCGUUUCCAAGUCAUCAACAAAACCUGCUGCUACACCAACCCCACCCUGCACUCUUUCCCCAACUACAACAUCUGCCAAUGUGACCGCCACAGCUGAGGCAAAGACAGUUACAGUUACUUCCUCUCCCCCAACAGAGAGAGCAGAGGGGGUCCAAGAAACAACCCCUGUAGCAGCUGCAGCCCCUUCUUCCAAAGAACACCCAACUUCAACAACUCCUGCUGCAGAAAAGUCUGUCACGAUCCCCCCACACAGAGUAAAAACUUCCACAGGUGCUCCAGACACCACAACUACAUCUCCAGAAAACUCCACAGUUGCCGCCACAAACGCCACAACUACCCAAGUAUCGACUACCACAGCCACCGCUCUGUCCGUACCAACCGUAGUAGCUACCGCAGCUGCCCUGGCCCAAACGCUUCCUCCUGUGUCCACCACACAAACGUCUGCUGUUGUUUCCCUGCAAGCACGAAGCUCUGCAUCCACAGAUGUUUCCCCAGAUGUGUCUUCACCAGCCCGGACAGAGGCCCUGCCCCCGGUUCCCACAUCUGCAUCCGCUGGUGUUUCGUCUGAGAAACUGUCCUCAGAGCCGACAAAGAAAGUGUCUACAUCUAAAAGUGACACGGACAGCGUGACCGGAAUGGAAGUAGAUGCUGCAGAGCCGGAAUCAAGGUCUAGCAAGAAGGAUGACAAACAGGAGGACAUCUGCGAGUCUCUGCCUAAAAAAGAGGACAUCUGUGAGUCUCUACCUAAAAAGGAGGACAUCUGUGAGUCUCUACCUAAAAAGGAGGACAUCUGUGAGUCUCGGCCUAAAAAGGAGGACAUCUGUGAGUCUCGGCCUAAAAGGAGAAAGGUGGAGAGUUCCUCUGAGACCAAAGGAAGGGAGAGAGAAGGCGGAGAUGCACAGCCUGCAACUGCCACUCAAAAAGAAGAACACAAGCAACAGACAGUUGAGCAAACUACUGAAGAUCAGAAAACUCCAAUCCAGAAAAGACCUCUUAGUCGCCAGAGUAGCCAGGAGUCGGCUCAGUCCUCUUCGUCAUCUUCCGGGUGCUCAACCCUCACUCGCCACGCUCACCACAAGAGGACUUACGAGAACCGACAUCCCGCCAAGAAGAGGCGAACGGACGUCACCUCAGAAACGGGGAAAGAGGAGAAAAACGCAGAGGGUUGGGUGAAGGAAGGGGAAGGUGGCGAGAAGGCGCUCACCACCGCUACGUCUCGGGGAAGGCGUUCCAGUUCUUCCUCCUCCUCCUCGGACUCUGACAACAGUGAGAGCAGGAAGGAGCGCCGAUUGACUCGCUCAGCCAAGCACGGGCUACAAGAUCUGGAGAGGGAAAAGGGCAACAGCCGGAAAGGAAAGAAACCCACGGGCAGCUCUGACAGAAAUGCGUCAAACAACGCCAACACAUCCACAGGUGGAGAGUCUGGCAGCGAUACGUCUUCUGUUAGGAUCACCAGACGGUGUGCAGGAUCUCAGCCUUCACAAGACAGUAAAGCUCAGACGAACAGCGUAGUGCCUCCUGAGCCCGAAGUUCUGGGGAAGAGGUGCUCUGCACUCAAUGCGGCAGCCAAGCUCCUAGCAAUGAAAGGCAGGGUGGAUACCCCUGGCCACACCCCUCGGAAAGACUCAGGUGCUAAGGCCGCUGGGUCUUCCCCUGCCUCCUCUUCUGACAAAAACCAAAAGCCUAAAAGCAAAGUUGUACCAGCCUCUCCACAUAGUAACUCUGUAAAUUUUACUAAUAAUAAAAGCGCUGGCAGCAAAUCCUCACUGCCCAAUCAGACCAGCCGCCCUGCUUCCCGCUCCACCAGACAGUGCCCCGGUUCUCUGGUUCCGCCCCUGGAAGCGGAGUACAAGAGGUCUAAAACCGAGGAAAAGGAGAGGGGGAGCAGGAAGUCGUCGGGGGGGAAGGAAGGCGAGGCAGAGGCGCAGACUUCGUCCCGGGGCCACAGUGCCUGUAGCAGCAUGAGCAGUGACGGCGAGGGGGGCGGGCGCAGCAGCAGAAGCCGCAGCAGCAGCAGCAGCAACAGCAGCAGCCAAUGUACCCGCAGCAUCAGCUCUCAGAACACGGAGCGCAGGGAGUCCCGCGCUACGUCCUCCGGCAGCGAGAGGGACCGCAGCUCGGAGAACAGAGACAAGCAGGGCCAGCAUAGGGAGAGUCGGAAGGACAGGAGGUCUCACAGGCUCUCGCAGGAGGUGAACAGCAGUUCAGGGACGGAGGGGACGCCGGACAGAGUGCUGCGUAGUGUCGCCGCACUCGCGGCGGUGCAGGCCAGGUCACCGGCCGCAAGCACCCGCUCCUCUUCUGGUCAGAAUCGUCACAAUAAGACAUGAUCGGAGUGCCAAACGGAGAAGAAAACGGAAGCGAGAGUGCGUUGCAGAGCACGAUACGAGAGCCUGUCCUGACCUGUAAGGUUGCUGCUUUGUGUGCACUCAGAUGAAUGCAAGGGAACGGAGUGCUGCACAAGCCAGGGACCUCCCCGCCUCUUGGGCCCUCUCCCUUUCCAAUUAGAGCUGGUCCGCUCACCAGCUCAGCCAUUGUCAGCCGGGGGAAGGCUCAGGGAUGCCAGACUGAGAGUUUUAAAAAAAUGCGGCGCCAUUGCUGUGCGUCCGUAAACAGAGAGAUGGUACAGUGGAUACAGUCACCACUUGGACUUGAGGGGGACAAAGGUGCAAGAGGUAAUAAAGGAAAGUUGUUAGUUGACAUUAUGUACUGUAAUCAUUAAAGACUGGAACACUCAGAUCUCAUGUGUUAAGACGGGAUCAUACAGCGCCCUCUGUAAGGGUCAUAAACGAAGUCAUUUGUGUGACAUUAAAAACUAAUGAGCGUAAGAGUGACCAGUUGUAUUGUAAGUUGGAGGUUUUAGAGAGUUUGGUUUUGAAAAAUUUCAUCAGCUGUCCUGACUAUUGUUUCUUUGUAGUCAGUCGAUAAGUUAUGCAUAUUUUAUUAUUUCUUCCAGGGUAUUAGGAAGAGACCAGAUCUGUCAAUGUGAUCUUUGCUGCACUAUGCUGGAGCUUGUCUUUGCUUGGGCCCCCCUUUUUGUCAUGUUAAGUUUCUGUUCAUUGGAUUACUUUUUAAAUCCAGCCUUGCGUUUCUCAUUUGCACAUCUGAUUAGUGUGGCCCUUUGCAUUUUGAGUACAUUGUGGUGUAGUAAUACGUUUUUACAUCAACUUCAGUCGAUUAAUUGGUUCCUGGUACCCCGCGAUGUAUCUCAACAGUUUAAAAGUGCAUUAAUUGAAGCUGCAAAUUGUCUUGGAUCAUCUCUUGCUUCUGACCACCGAUCUGGAGCAGCAGAAAUUAAUUUUCUUUUUCCUAAUCUUCCCAAAGGCGGUAAUAGUUACGGUCCACUUUGUCAUGUAUUUAUAUCAAAAGGGCAAGUAAAUGUUAUUGAAAUUAAGAGUGCCUCUUUGGCCAAAUGGGUUUGAACCUUAGAUUGCCUUGUGAAGCACCUGAAGCUGGGGUGUUGAGCUUCUCUCUUUAUUUAAAAAAAAAAGCCAAACAAACAAAA